AACAAGUAUAUAAGAUAAUGACAUUACCGGAAUUGAACGUAGAUGAGCUCCUUGAGCAACUCACCGUUAAGGAAAAGAUUGAUCUUCUCGCUGGUAGAGAUGUAUGGCAUACUGUAGCCAACAAAAGACUGGGAAUACCUUCGAUCAGGACAUCUGAUGGUCCUAAUGGUGUUAGAGGAAUUUACUUCUUUGAGGGUACACCCUCUUCCUGCUUCCCAGGUGCGACAGCUUUGGGUGCUUCAUUCGACAACGAACUGUUAGAGAGAGUUGGCAGUGCUUUAGCUGAUGAAUGUAUAGCAAAAGGCGUACACGUGCUUUUAGCUCCUACUAUCAACAUUCAACGCUCACCUCUUGGAGGCCGUGGUUUCGAAUCUUACUCUGAAGAUCCUGAGUUGAGUGGUACACUUGCGAAAUACUACGUAAAAGGUUUGCAAGAUAAGGGCAUAGCAGCUACGAUCAAGCAUUUUGUUGCUAAUGACCAGGAAUUUGAGCGUAUGUCUAUGUCUUCUGAAGUCUCAGAAAGGGCACUCAGAGAAAUUUAUUUGAGAGCUUUCGAAAUCCCCCUGAGGGAAUCAGAGUAUAAACCAUGGGCUGUUAUGACAGCUUAUAAUCGCAUGAAUGGGUUGCAUUGUUCGGAAGACCCUCGACUUCUCAAGGAUAUCCUUCGUGAUGAAUGGAAAUGGAGUGGUGCGGUUAUGUCAGAUUGGUGUGGCACUUACUCCGCAGACGCUUCAACCAGUGCUGGUCUUGAUUUAGAGAUGCCGGGUCCACCUGUCGUCAGAGGUGCUGCUCUUCAACGUGCUCUUGCCGCUAAGAAGGUUACCAUUGAAAGCAUUGAUGCAUGCGCCAGAAACAUCCUUGAACUAAUCAACAAAGUGCGCAAGAGCGGAAUAGAUGAGGAUAUUCCAGAGCAGGUACUCGACACACCGGAUAUCCGUCAGAUACUUAGAGAAUCUUCUGCAAACGGUGUAGUACUUCUAAAAAACGAUGAAAACAUUAUGCCAAUAAGAAAGGGAAUCAAGAAAAUAGCUGUAAUAGGUACAAAUGCAGAAUCCGCAAUUAUUUCAGGUGGUGGUUCAGCUGCACUUAGAGCAUCUUACUCCAUUUCUCCACUUGAUGCUAUCCGUGAGCAAGCUAAAGAGAUUGGUGCUGAGGUUGUUUACUCACGCGGUGGAAAUGCACACAAGCUCACACCACUUUUUGGUCCCGAGUUGAAGACCAAGGACGGUAAAGCAGGUGUGGAUGUUAGUUUCUAUGCUAGCGAUCCAUCUGCUGGUAACGUUAAGCCUGCUCACGUACUUCACGCACACUCUUCGCAUAUGUUCUUCAAUGACAACCUUCCUAGUACUGAAGUAUUCCCACUUACUUGCUGGUCUGAAGCAACCGGUACAUUUACUCCAAAUAAGACUGACAACUACGAGCUCGGUGUUGCUGGUAUUGGUAAAAUUGAUCUCUAUAUCAACAACGAGAAAGUUGUUGACAACUCUACUGAUCCUCAACCAGGCACGUUGUGGUUCAAUUCCGGAUCUGAAGAGCGCACAACCGUUAAGCAUCUUGAAGAAGGCAAGCAAUACACAAUUACAGCAAAAUUAUACUACAGUAGCGAAGGUUCUCAAGCUGCUGGUACUCUUUCACCACUUUUAAGAGGUGGUAUUCGAUUUGGUAUUGCACCAUUCAAAUCACAGGAAGCAUUCAUUGAAGAAGCUUUGGAAGCUUGUCAAGGUGCUUCUCUAGUCCUUGGUUUCGUAGGUCUCAACAAUGACUUCGAAAGUGAAGGUUUCGACAGACCAGAUAUGAAACUCCCAGAAUCAGCUAAUGCGUUCAUGGAUGCUAUUGCUUCUGCAAACGAAAACACCGUCGCUGUAGUUCAAACUGGUACACCUGUAGAAUUACCUUGGGUUAACAAAGUUAAGGGUGUCUAUCAAGCUUUCUAUGGUGGUAAUGAAGUCGGUACUGGCCUUGCUGAUGUCCUUUUCGGCAAACACAAUCCAUCUGCGAAACUACCAUUAACUAUUCCAGUCGAAUUGAGAGACAAUCCAUCACAUUUAAACUUUGGUGGUGAGAACGGACGUGUUUCAUACGCUGAAGGUGUCUUCGUGGGAUACAGACACUUCGUUACAACUGGAAGACAACCGUUAUACCCAUUCGGUAAAGGGUUGAGUUACACUUCAUUCGCUAUCACUGAACCACAUCUUGAAAGCAAAGGCGACUAUGAGGUUGUAAUCAAAGUUAAUGUCAAGAAUACCGGUGACGUUGCCGGUAAAGAAGUCAUACAGCUCUACGUACAUGAUGUUGAGUCUCGCCUUGCUAGACCAUACAUUGAACUGAAGGCAUAUGGCAAGACCAAGACAUUGAACCCAGGUGAAUCACAAGAAGUUGUGUUGAACCUUAACAGACGUGCAUUCAGCUACUUUGAUGAUUUGAAAGGAAAAUGGGUUAUUGAAGCCGGUGAAUUCAGACUCCUCGUCGCUACUUCAUCCGCAACUGAAGAUGUUAAGCACACACUUAGCCAUACUAUUAACCAAUCUACCGAAUUCAUCUAGCAUGUUUAAAGAUUAUUAAGUUUUGGAUAUAUAACUUCUUUUU